UUCAACUUGAGUUUAUCAGGGAUCAAAAUUCUGAUUUUCAAGUAAAGUUUUCUGGGUCUAUGCAAGUAUGGAUUUUAUGAAGGUUGUCGCCACUGUAUCACUUGUUAUUCAUAAUCUUUGGAAUCAACUUCGGAACGGUGUAAGUAAUUACGAUAUCGAGAGGCAACCUCACAAGGUCAAGGAUGGUGGUGGUGAUUCAGCGUCAAAAAGAACGAGGUCAAAGACAAUUAUUGACCCGCGUGGAAAAUUCUUACAAAGGUGGAAUAUAAUAUUUGUAUUGUCGUGUGAGAUCGCAAUAUUAUUGGAUCCCUUGUUCUUUUACCUGCCCGUGAUCAAUGGAGACAAAAAGUGCAUUGAGUUAGACAAAAAGUUGAGGACCAGAGCUCUCUUUUUGCGAUCAUUCAACGAUAUGAUUUACCUAAUGCAUAUCAUAUUACAAUUUCGUACUGGUUUUAUAGACAAGAAACUUCAGAAACUUGGAAGACCUGCGUUAAUUACAGAUUCUUGGAAAAUAGCUCAGAGGUAUUUGUGGCCAUACUUCCUAUUAGACCUUCUAGUUAUUCUUCCCAUCCCACAGGUGGUAACUUCAUGGAUUUUUUCAGAAAUGGCACAAACGAAAUCUUCAAACAAAAUAAAGUUGUUCAACUCUUUUGUUCUGUUACAAUAUGUGCCAAGAAUUCUCCCAAUCUACCUAUCCUGGAAGAAACUGAUAAGAAGUAACGAGAAAAUUGAAAAAACCAUAUGGUUUAAAGCUGCACUGAACUUCUUUCUGUAUCUCCUUGCUGGCCAUGUAUUGGGAGCCUUUUGGUAUUUUUUCUCUACUCAACGAAUGACAGCUUGUUGGCAUAAAUAUUGUGAAAGACAUACUGGAUGUGUCCAAAGUUCUUUCAACUGUGACCUCACUGAAGGAAAUCACACAUUUCUAAAUAAUGUUUGCCGUAUAAAUAAACCAAAUACAAAGCUAUUUGAUUUUGGAAUAUUUCUUGAAGCCCUUCAGUCUGGUGUGUUGGAAUCCAAGGAUUUUCCACAAAAAUUAUUUUACUGUUUCUGGUGGGGCCUGCAAAAUCUGAGUUCACUUGGUCAAAACCUUCGUACAAGUAACUAUAUUUGGGAAAACUGCUUUUCACUUUCCAUUUGUAUCUUGGGCUUGUUACUGUUUCUCUAUUUUUUGGGAAAUUUACAGAUGUAUAUGCAGUUGGAAACUUCAAGAUCAGAAGAGGUACGCAUGAAGAUGAAAUCAAAAAAACGAACAAAACAAAAGGAACAAAUAGAAUUGUGGAUUUCCAAACACCAUCUCCCUAGUGAAAUGAGAAAGCCAAUUAUAGAUGACAUGAAUCAGAGAUUUAAAGAAGACGAAGAUGUUUACUUGGAGAGCCUUCUUCCUAAUCUUCCUGGGGAACUUCAGAAUAAUGUAAAGGAGCAUAUUGGCUUAAAGCGACUAAAAACUGUAGAAGUGCUUCGAGGAAUGGAAGAGCAAAUGUUGCGUACGAUGUGUCACAGUCUGAAACCAAUGUUCCACAGCGAGCACAGCUAUAUUAUUCGGGAGAGAGACCCAAUCGACGCGAUAUUCUUCAUUACGGAUGGCAUUGCAUGGACCUAUACAAAUACAGCCAGCAAUAAUAAUGGCGAAGGAACUGUCCUCACACAGGCUGAGCGUCUUGUAGAAGGUGAGUACUUUGGAGAAGAACUUUUGGAAUGGGUUCAGAAAUCCACAGCCUCCAGGAACAAUCUAUCCAAACUCCCCGUUUCAUCAAGAACUCUCAAAGCCCACACAAAAGUGGAAGUUUUUGCACUAAUGGCACAGGACUUGAAGCAAAUAUUGCAUUCUAAGUUGUCUAGUUUAGGCCCUGAGCAAUUGCCAUCGGCAGCAGCUUCUGUUGUACAAAAAAUCUGGCGCCGCACGCACCCGAAGACGGAGGAUAGCGUUGGUGGUUCAACAAAACUUCAGAGUAAUGCUGUUGUUAAAUCCAAGAAGGCAGCUUCUAUUUUACUACCACCUUGUUACCGGCUUACCGCUAAUCCAUAGACUGAUCAUAGCUCCAGAAGCGCCUGACACUGUUGUUGCAAAGCAAUAGGUUUUUUUUUUUUUUUUUU